GCUCUCGCGAGAGAACGAGCUGAGCCUCUUUAAUAAAUUACUGCUCCCCAACUUCGCCUGUCUAUACAGGGAAGGGGCCAGGAAAUUGAGGGCGGGCAGAACCAACCAAAGAGAAGGCCUAUCGGCCGUGUGGGUGCUGUGAAUCUGUCCCACUCCAAAUUCAGUGUAUUUUAUGGUUAUAUACAGACCCUCAAUUUCCUGUACUACUUGUCCACGCUGCGCCCGCACGCUCGCGCCACCCAGCGGUGGAAUGUUGGAACGGCCGACCAACAACGCGUAGGCUCCAUAGCUUUGGCGGUGCUUCCGGAUUGGUGCCCUGAGACUUUUGUGGCGCAGGCCGCGGUAGAACCCGGGACGGUGGCCGGGAAGGAGUGCGAGGCGAACCAGUCCGCGUUCUCUUUCCCGGAUCCUCACGGCUGCUACUAUGCGGUACAACGAGAAGGAGCUACGGGCCCUGUCGCAGCAGCCGGCCGAGAUGGCGGCCGAGUUGAGCAUGCGAGGACCCAAAAAAGGCAGCGUGGCCAAGAGGAGGCUGGUGAAGCUGGUUGUCAACUUCCUGUUCUACUUCCGCACCGACGAGGCUGAGCCCCUCGGAGCCCUACUUCUGGAGCGCUGCCGAGUCGCGCAGGAAGAGCCCGGAGGCUUCUCCAUCAGCUUCAUCGAGGACCCAGAGAGGAAGUAUUAUUUUGAGUGCUGCACCCAGGAGCAGUGUCAGGAGUGGAUGGAGGCUCUGCGUCGGGCCAGCUAUGAGUACAUGCGGAGAAGCCUCAUCUUCUACAGGAACGAGAUCCGCAAGAUGACAGGCAAGGACCCCCUGGAGCAGUUCGGCAUAUCUGAGGAGACCAGGUUCCAGCUGAGCAGCUUGCCAAGGGACAGGCGGGCGUCUUGCGUCGGCACUCAGCUGGAUGAGCUGGACUAACCCUAUGCUGGGCCCUGACCUGGGUCCCCUGGCCGCACGAGGGCUUGCCCUGGGGUGUUUGGGCAGGGGCUGCAUUUUUGGAGAAACUCAGCAAGCACCCCUUCCCUGUGCCUUGGAACCCACCAGCGGGUUGCCACACUCUGCUGCUAGGCGAAGUGCCCAGCCCCUCCCUCCCAUGCCCCCACUGAGGACUGGGUGGGCAACUGACUGGCGAGGCCCUCCUGUCCUCUGCCAGCUGAAUGUACAAAGCUAAGGGAAGCUGUGAAUAGUGAGCCUCUCCCCCGCCGGCUGUGAACUCCACUGCUGCUGAUGGGGGGCAGGGUGGCCUGGCCCUGGGUCACUGCACUCACUGUGUUCAAUAAAGGUACCUCUUUUUGUAAA